AUGCGUACCUACCUCUACUCUACAUUCGUGGAUCUGACGAAAGUCUUUGACACGGUGAAUCGCGAAGGACUGCGAAAAAUCGUGCAGAGAUAUGGCUGCUCCGAGCGCUUUAAUCAGAUGGUGCGUCAGCUCCACGAUGGCAUGAUGGCACGAGCAACGGACAAUGGGGCUGUCUCAGAGGCAUUCACAGUGACCAACGGAGAGAUGCAGGGAUGCGUCCUGGCGCCCAUCCUCAUCAGGCUUAUUUUCUCUGCCAUGCUGAUGAAGGCCUACUGCGACGAACGCCCCGGGUUCCGCACAGCCGACAGAACGGACGGCCACUUCCUAAAUCAACGGCGUGCGCACUUCCAGUCGCGUGUAUUCAUAAUCGUCGUCCACAAACUUCUGUUCACCGAUGACUGCGCCCUCAAUGUAACCCCUGAACGAGACAUUAAAAAUAGCAUAGAUCUAUUCUCUGCCGCCUGCGAGAACUUCGGCUUAAUCAUCAACACGGAGAAGACGGGGGUUAUGCACCAACCGCCCCCCAACACUGCCCACAGUGCACCGCACAUCAGCGAGAACAGAACUCAUCUGCAAGUGGUGGACAACUUCACAUACUCGGGCAGCACCCUCUCGCGCAGCACUGAAAUCGACGAUGAAGUGGCCCACCGGAUUUCGAAGGCCAGUUGA